AUGGAUGGCGCGGAUUGGAUAAUAUGGCUCGACUCUAACCAACGUCGUCAGCGAGCACACGGCAAAGUUGCCUCCGACACGCCACCACUCUCAUCACUGUCCGCACCACUCCUCCUCCACAAGGCUGUUCUCGUCGUGGUGCGUGCAUGUGGUAGAGAUGAGAUGGUAGUGCUUGCUCACCAUGUUGCCUGGAGCUUUGCAGAAGUUAGUAUGUCAAACAUCAAUACUGUCAUCUACUUGGAUGAUAGCAUCGCCUUCAAUUUUAUUCGGGCCUGUGAAAUUGGUGGUUUACAUGUUCUUUUUACAAUUAUGAAUAGUCAGAUUACAUCUUGCUACUUUGUACAGCGAAAAGAAUUGGAAAAUUCUUCUGUAACUUUGCGUGCAGAUUCAUUUUAUCAGUUAAUGGAAAAUGCAAUUGUUAUGCUCAAGGCUGCACCACUUCACGGUGAUCUGUUGUGUCAACAUAAGAAAGUGUUAAUUGGAGACACACUUUGUCAUACACCGGUCUACAAGCUUACAAAUUUUGGUAGCUUCCUCGAUGCCAUUACACUUGAAGCAAUGCCAAAAGCUGGUAAAAUUGCCUCAACUGUCAUUCUAACAAUGCCAAUCAUUGUACGGAGAGGCAAUUGGUCCUUCAAAACACUGAAUUCGCCUAUUAAAGGAGUGACAAAGCACAUCCGAAUGGCAAUGAAUGAGGUUUGGAUGCCCUUAACAUCUAAACAUCUUGAAAAAAUUGAAGGAGCUGUAUACACCCUCCUAACCCUUCCUGCCUAUGGAGGAAUUUACCUUAAUGAAGUACAAAUUCAAUCCUUCAGAGCAUUCCAUUUGGAUCAGGAGUUGAUACUCUACCACCGGAGUUAUAAGCAUAUCUUUGACAUUUUACAAGAUGAAUUUCACCUCUUAGUAUGCACAGAUUGGCCAGAAUGCUACUUCAAUGUCCAAAUUAUUCACAUUCAAGUGGACCUCUUUCCCGUAGAAGCGAAAACCAUCUUCUACGACCUUCAAUCCCCCCUCUCAGACUGUAGUCGGUGUGUCUCAUUCAAACCUGACCACCGAUUGGCUGGAACCCUUCAACUAACUUUGAAACCCACUUUGGGUGUAGUAAUGCUGGAGGGUGUGGAGAUUGAACAAAUUAAUUCAAAAUACCUCUCACAAUAUCACUUAUCCUACUACCGAAGGGAUUGGAAUAUGAGUAAUGACGAAUUUGCCUUUGAACAAAUACAACCACCAAUCACUUUUAUCUUUCGUGUACUCAUCACACCAUUGGUGAAAUUUAAAACUCUCUUUGUUACUCUGGGCAAAGAGUUGAUUCUCAAUGCUCGACUACUUGACAUUUCAAGUCUUCAGCAUUCUACCGAACGAUUGAAGAAGGAAGGAUUUGUGAGAGCCGACUUAAGCUUAAAAAAGGCACUUCAAUUUGAUUUUCCACUACGAACCUCGGUGGGCUCAUUUGUUCGGUCCACUUCUAUUGACCCAAAAGGAAGUCGACUACAAUUUACAUUUAAGGAGUUGCUAGACGGUGGUAUCAAAUUUCAACCACUUUCAAAUACUUCAAUUCAAUUGUCAGAGAGCAUUGAAAUUCAUGUCUUGGCAUCCAUGUUUAUGGCACCUCAACAAGUGACUGUUAAAAUUACAAUAAUUUCAGGUGAAUACAACAUACAGAAUAAUAUCCUCUUGUCGGAUUUUGUUGAGGAUGCAGCCUCUGUCCUCCCAUCCAAUGAGUUGCCUUCAAGUCCACCCUACCCUCGGGAGUCGGAGAGUUUGAAGAUUUGGUUUGCCAUUGGCAUUGGAAUUGUUUGUGGCAUUGUUUGUGUCCUUGUGACAAUUGCUUACUUCCUCCUUCGACGCUGGAGGCGAAAGGAGAGAAUUCAAACGCAAAUAUUUCCCCAUCCAAUUAUGCAUGUUGAGUGUAUGCCACCAAAAGUGACCACAAGAUCACCACCCGACGCGGAUCAAUUGCCUCCCUCAGGGAUGGCAAUUCCACUGACUGUCGUUAAGGCUCAUAAAGCAAUUCCACAGACCAAAUCGCGACUACUCAUUGAAGCAGUACCGUCUGAGGAGGAUGCAUGUUGGAGUAGACAGAAGUUGAGUCACAAUGUUUCAUCAUCCACUCUUUGUUUCCUUCCUCCCGGAGUUGUGGUACAAGAUGAACUCGAGUGGAGACAAUCCAUCCCACGCAUAUUUUCCCCACCUGUUGUAACUUCUCCACCACCCUCUCAAUCUCAACCAUCGUAUAAGUGUCUUUCACUUCAACAAUUCUAA